CAGCAACAAUCCGCGUUACCAGAGUCACAGACGGAGGUGAGCGUCCGACGCGCGCCGGCGGCGCUUCCAGAGUCUCUGCGCCGCGCCCUCCUCUGACUUCACCCGUGCCUUCGGUGGCCCUGCGUCAUCUCCCUCGUCCUCCUCCCAGUCAUGCCCCUCCCUCACCGAGUGGGAGGCGACAGAUCCGAGUUCUAGUUCGUGCGGCACCGUGCGAGUAGCGCGGCCCCGGUGCUUCCACGCGUGGAAGGAACGCGGGCUCCGAUGGCCUGACGCGCGGGGGCGAGGUGCUGGCAACUCCGGCGGCGCGGUGUGGAAGGCGAGCUCGUCUCCGGGCAGAGGUCACCGAAAGGCUGAGCGUGCAGGAGGGCAGUAAUCUGCAGCGGCCUGCAGAGCUCUUAUCUCGACACAACCCACCCCGCCUGACGGGAUAGAAUCGGUGGGAUAAGAGGACCGAUAUCCUUUGCUUGUCUGCAAAAUUUAAGUACACAAGUGCAAAUCAGCUGGAUUUGGAGGUAAAGACGGGAACCAAAGAGCUGGUGGAUUAGAGAGGUGUGGGGAGAUGUACCGUGGGGGCCUUGACCGCUUCAAGAAGGCACAGACAUUGGAGCCCUUCUCAGUCAAGUCUGAGUCAGGCACCAAGAAGGCACCUGCAGCUGCAGGAACAGCUAAAGCACCACCGGCUCCGUUGACACUGCCACAGAAUUCUAAUUUUGUGCUGGGUCAGAAUAACCAAAGUCUGCAAGGUACCAACACAAGGGUGGCUGGGCAAGAUGGUGUUGCCCCAGGGCAUGUUGGGACACAGGCCGGUGGAGGGCAAUCGACGUGGCAACCUCCAGACUGGGCGAUUGAGCCACGCCCGGGGAUCUACUAUCUUGACGUGGUGAAAGAUGGGGAGGUCAUUGACAGGAUCAAUCUGGACAACAGGAGGCAUCUAUUCGGGAGGCAGGUUCCUGCUUGUGACUUUGUGUUGGACCAUCAGUCUGUAUCGCGUCAGCAUGCUGCCGUUGUUCCACACAGGAAUGGAAGCAUCUAUGUUAUCGACUUAGGAUCAGUUCAUGGCACGUUUGUUGCGAAUGAGAGAUUAACAAAAGACAACCCUGUUGAACUGGAAGUUGGACAGUCACUUCGCUUUGCUGCAUCAACCAGAAUCUAUAUCCUGCGAAAGAACACAGCUGCUCUAUUCCCAACUCCUAGCCUUCCAUCAGAUGUCAGUUUGCCAUCUCCUCCAGACCCCAAUGAUGAAGAUGCUGUUGUGGCAUACAAUACAGUACUUAACCGCUAUGGUAUUAGUAAAUCUGACAUAUUAUCCAGUUCCAAAGAUUCUUCAGGGAGUGCCAGCUCUGGUGCAAAUGAUGAUAAACAUGCAGUUGAAAGGCCCUUGAAGAGAAGUAAAAAGCGCAGAGUGUCAUUUAGAGAUCAGGCUGGAGGUGAACUUACCCAAGUGGUUGGGAUUUCAGAUGGUGCAGAUGUUGAAACUGAACCGGGCCCUAUAGGUGUAAAGGAAGGCAGUCUUGUUGGGAAGUAUGAAUCUCUUGUUCAGGUUACUGUCAUACCGAAGGGAAAGGAGCAAGCAUCACGGAAAGACUUUACCUCUACCUCACCAAGUGGGGUAACGGAUAAGCUACAAGAGGUGCUUAAAAGAGUAAAGAGCACGACCAGGCCUGGAAUUUACGACGACCUUUAUGGGGAUUCUAUUGCGACAAAAGUGGGCUCAUCUUGGGCGUACAAAUCAGAUGAUCUGUCAGACAAAGCCCAGCCUGUUGAGGAGAAGACACUUGGCAUGGAUUCAAACUUGAAUUCAGCCGAUGACAGUGAUGACUUGUUCGGUGACACGUGAUUCAGAAAUUGUCAGUGAAUACAAACAAAUGUAUUCUUCAGAAUUUCGUGGCAUAGUUGUUUCAUUUGUUAGAGGCUUUUCUUUUGGCUUAGUUAUACAUGGUUGUACCCUCUGCAAAUCAAGGUAUGUUCUUUUGCUUAAUGUUAGCAACUUAAGGACAUGCUUUCUCACAGUAAUGCCUAUGAUGAGUGUGGCCUCUUCGGAAGCACUAAGCUUUUAAGAAAUUGGUUUAUGGAAACUGGAGUCGUUACAAAUGUACCAGAUUGUCUCAGUUUAUAGAGACUGGAUUUCCAGUUUCUUAAAAACCAAGAAGUUGGCCUCCCAGCU